AAUAUGCCGUAUGUAUCAGCACAUAUGCGGUAUGAGAUACCUGCAGUGACUAGUUCAAAAGUAUAAAAGAUUUUUGAAAGAAAACAGAGUUAAACAAUCGUAAAGGAGACGGCGAUUUUAAACUGUCGACAUCCCUUAGCAAGCUAAAGAUUUACGUGUCGGUGUACAAAAUAAAAAACGAAUAUUGUGAAAUAAUAUGAUGGAUCUGGAUUUGCGAAAGAGACAAAGGAGAGACAGGAUAUACGACAAGUUGCACAGAGGUUUUGUAAAUACUUGCAUCGGUGUCACGUUGAUCGGUGGAGUUCUUCUCGGUUACAAAGUAUACGAGUACUUCGUAUAUAUUCGACCCUUGCACAAGGCGCAGUAUAAAGUAACUGAAGAAAAUCUCUUAGAUGAGGGUAGGAACAUAGAAGGACCCUCGGAUGCAGAAAUAUCAGCAUGAAGUGUCACCUGAUGACUGUCAGCAUAUAAUGAAAAUUCUCAAAUAUAUAAUUAUAAUGACAGUAGAUAAAAUUAAAUGAGGUAAUGCGAUAUAAUGAAUUGUUAAGGAUCAGAAUUUCAUAAACUGUGAAUAAACCUCAUAAUGUAGA